GCGCGCCCUCGACCCGGACAAAGAAACGAGCGCUCGGUGCGACCAGCGGCGCGGGCGGCUCUGCCAGCGCGCGUGUGCUUGUGUCCGCGAGUGUGCUUGUGUGUAUGCAUUUGGGUGUGGAAUGCUAGGUAUUUGGGGAACAGUGGGGUAACUGAGGCUCGGGAGGGAGCCCAGUCAUAUACCAGCAUCUAGAAUUGGUUUGUGUGAUUUGAACCCACUAUUUUUUAUUUUUUUGAGACACGGUCUCACUCUGUCACCCAGACUGGAGUGCAGUGGCACGAUCUCUGCUCAUUGCAGCCUCCACCUCCUGGCCUCAGGUGAUCCUCCCAGCUCAGCCUCCUGAAUAGACAGGACCACAGGCAUGCAUCACCACACCGGGCUAAGUUUUAAAUAUUUUCUGUGGAGACGGGGUUUCACCACGUUGCCCUGGCUGGUCUUGAACUCCUUAACUCAACCAAUCCGCACGCCUCGGCCUCCCAAAGUGUUGAGAUUACAGGCAUGAGCCACCGCGCCCAGCCUGAACCCCCUAUUUAAUGUCAGAAAUUUGAUUUGACUUCACAGGGAAAGCCCUGAGAAACUACAGAACGGGGUCCCUGGGGCCAGUGUUGGGGGCUACUCUGAAGUGGCAGGGCUACUGCGCCCGUGCGGAACUCCCCUGUGGAAGGUUAGCCCCUUUGGUGACUCGUCGGUUCUGGCCGCUUUGGGACCCUCCACUGUGCAGUCUGAACUUUCAGCAGGUGGAGGAGGGCAGAGAGAGAGAGCUGAGAGUGUUGGUCCAUGCCAGUGCGAGAGCCAGUACAGCAGGAAGCCAUGAUGGGACUUUCAGUUCCUUUCUUGGUGGAGGCCAGCACAGGGGAGAGGGGUUGCCGAUUGGUGCUAGAAGCUCAAAGGCUGCUGUGCGCUAGCGGCCUCCUCAAGACAUAAAGUUUCCAGAUAGGACGGGGCAGGUGGUGAUGCAGCUGUAGCUCCUGAGUCUGAGCGGGAAACAGCCCCCGCGCAGUCGGUGUCACUGUGAACGGAAAAGGGCCUUCCUUACACAGGAAACGGGGUCUCUGCGGGAUCCAGUGACGUGCCCGACCACAGAGACCAGACCCCUCCUCCUGUAGAGAGUGGUGCUGCCGUCUCGGGAUGUACCUGCAGGUGGAGACCCGCACCAGCUCCCGCCUCCAUCUGAAGAGGGCUCCAGGCAUCCGGUCCUGGUCCCUGCUGGUUGGAAUCUUGUCGAUUGGCCUGGCUGCUGCCUACUACAGCGGAGAUAGCCUGGGCUGGAAGCUCUUCUACGUCACAGGCUGCCUGUUUGUGGCUGUGCAGAACUUGGAGGACUGGGAGGAAGCCAUCUUCGACAAGAGCACAGGGAAGGUUGUUCUGAAGACGUUCAGCCUCUACAAGAAGCUGCUGACUCUUUUCAGAGCUGGCCACGAUCAGGUGGUGGUCCUGCUGCAUGAUGUCCGCGACGUGAGCGUGGAGGAGGAGAAGGUCCGGUACUUCGGGAAGGGCUACAUGGUGGUGCUCCGGCUUGCAACGGGCUUCUCCCACCCCCUCACGCAGAGUGCAGUCAUGGGCCACCGCAGUGAUGUGGAAGCCGUCGCCAAGCUCAUCACCACCUUCCUGGAGCUGCACUGCCUUGGGAGCCCCACAGAGCUGUCUCAGAGCAGUGACAGUGAGGCCGGCGACCCCGGGAGCCAGAGCUGACAGCCCCACUGUGCCUGAGCCCAUGCACCGCCCACAGGACCCGUGGCCUUGGCUUCAGUCGGUGCCUCCAGCUGAGUCGGCCUCUUGCCUGCUCACGCUGCUGCUUUCACACUGCACGAAACAGCAGGUCGGACCAGGACACCCUGACUUUCUCCAAAGUGAGGCCUGGGCAUGCCUUUCUGCAGCCGGAGGUCUCGCCAGCCCUGGACUCCUGCUGUGGGCCACAGCAAGACCUCGGGCGAGUGGAGAGGCCGGGCCUUCGUGGGUGCUGAUGCUGCGUGUUGUCCCUGACACAGCGUCCUCUCCCUGGUGGACAUCCCCAGCGGUCAGGUGCUUCCCCAAGGGCAGUGAGGGGUGAACAUCUGGGGCCUACCUGGCUGUGCACGCUGCAGCCACACUGUGGAAGCUGCCCCUCCCCGAGGACCCGCCUCCCUUGCUGAUGCCAGGAUCUCGGCGCGUAGACCGCUCUGCCCCAGCAGUUGUCACAGAAAGGUCUCUCUGUUCCUCACACUCAGCCUCAGCAUAAGCUGUGAGGCCAGAAAAAAGGUCAGCUCUUCUAGUAUUGUGCAGCGCUUAAAAACCGAGAGCUCUGGCUGGGCGCAGUGGUUCAUGUCAGUAAUCCCAGCACUUUGGGAGGCUGAGGCGGGAGGAUUGCUCGAGGCCAGGAAUUCAAGACCAGCCUGGGCAACACAGCAAGAUCCUGUCUUUGCAAAAAAAAAAAAAAAAAAACUAACCAAACAGGAAAAACUGGGAGAUUUUCUGCAGAAGUUGAGUUCCAGCCUUUCUCGAACCUGGGAAGACCUGGCAGGAGGGGGCUGGGCUCUCAGCUACAGAACCGCCCCCCCCGCCCGCCCUGUAGGAGCUGAAUGCUAACCAUCCUGACCUGCCAGUGCUCUUGGUUUCCUGAGUGCACCCAGGUCCUCCCAGGUGCGGUGUGCACCGAGCGCGCCUGGCCUGUGAACCGGUGACUCCUGGGCCCUGUGAGCCCCCAGGUGGCAGGCCCAGGAAUGGCUGGGUAGGACAGGGAACACCUUUGCCCCACGUCUGGCUGUGACCUUGGUGAAAGCCGACAGGAGAGAGAUGGGACCCUCCUCCUCAGUAGUGGCUGCCAGUCCCUCGUUGCAGGACACGGUCAUAAUAACCAUAAAUGACCCUUCGCGUGUCACCCA